GACCCACGUGACUUUUAACCAAUCAGAUAGCUGAAAUUUUGUGUCAGGUUGUUGUUCAGGAUUCAUGGCGAAACUUGGAAAUUACCGUUCGCCAGACAAUAUUCAAAUAUAUAUUGACAGAAUCAAAUAACAAGACAGAUUAAAGGCCGCACUUAAGUAAGCCGUUGGGUAAUAGGUGAUUUCAGCUGAAAAAUGGCCUCAUCGGAACCCCCAUAUCUUCCAAUUGGGACCGAUGUUAGCGCUAAAUACAGGGGUGCUUUCUGUGAGGCUAAAGUGAAAAAGAUUGUGAAGUCUGUGAAGUGUAGGGUAUAUUUGAAGGAAACACAGUCAAAUUUACUAGUAACUGAUGAAUUCAUUACCGGACCCUUGGCGAUUGGGGCUAAUGUCGAGGUCAAACACCCUGAUACUGGGCGCAUCAUGGAGGCAGUCAUUAAACAGAUGAGCGAUUCUAGCAUGUACACUGUUGUGUUUGAUGAUGCUGAUGAGAGGACCUUGAGGAGAACACAGCUGUGUCUAAAGGGAGACAAGCAUUUCAUGGAGAGCGAGACUUUGGACAAUCUGCCACUGUCGAACCCAGAGCACUUUGGGACUCCAGUUAUCACCCGAACUAAGAGACAACGAACCAGUGGGGGAGGAGCUAGCAAUGUGGACGAGAGUGAGUCGUCCUCUGAGGAAGAUGAGAGCCCUCGCAAGAAAUACCGAGGCAAGAACCAGGAGCUUGUGGGCAAGCCAAUGUUCUACGAGGCAGGGGAUCGUAAGAAGUCUGCAGGGGUACCGGUGCUUGUAGUACUUCCGGAUGCUCACACCACAGAGCUCAAGGGCAAGGACCACGUGUUGGUGCGAUCUUUCAAGGAUGGCAAAUUUUUGUCUGCUGGAAGAAAAGAAUUGGCCCCCUUCACACGAGACAUAGUGCUGAAAAGUGAGGACAAAAUCCUCAAGCCAGCCAUGGAGAAGGCCCUACUGUAUGCUGACAACCGGGAGCUUCCCCUCAACUGGAAGAGGGAGGAGCUGUUGGGGUCAGAUGAUGAAGAUCAGGGGGAUGAUGAAGAGUCCUCUGAAGACGAGGAACAAAGUGAAGAGAAGGACCUGUUUGUGGCCCAGCUCUACAAGUUCUCUGAUGACCGAGGAACCCCCAUCAACAAGGGUCCCUGUGUGGGGACCAAGGACCUCAACCUCUACAGGCUCUUCAAGGUCGUGAAGAAACUUGGAGGAUACAACAGGGUGACCAACCAGUUGAAGUGGAGACUGGUCUACUCUAAGAUGCAGCUACCCCCCUCCAACACUGCAUCCACACAGAUCAAAAAUGCCUACAAAAAAUACCUGCAUGCUUUUGAGGAUUUCUACAGGAAGCUUGGCAAUACUAUGGGUACUAUAAGUCGACCAAGUCGAAGUCAAGCAGACUCGGGGCGGAGUUUGUUGAGUUUUCGGGGUCACGACUCAAGUAGAAACUCUGACAAGGUACGAUUGAACAAACCAUGGACUCCAGCAAAACGAUGUGUCCCAGAUAAUGACUCUGCAUCAGAAAAGGCAGCCGAGGAGACGCCAUCAGAGUUUGACAGCGAUGUGGACAGCGUGAAAACAGGCACUCCUAAGCGACCUAAAUCAGCAAGAUUUAAAGUGGAACAAAAGGAUGAAAGUGCGACAAAGAAAGACGAUAAAGAUAAGAAUGAUGUGAUUAAGAAGGUUGAAGACUCACCGCGCAAGCUGCAAAAGAAGACUGACAUGAAACCCGUAGUGACGCCAGAGGUUGAAAAACGUGUGCCUAAGAGGAAGGAAGAUGGAAGUAUGGUGACAAUGUCCGCAGGACGGGGGAGGAAGGAGAAAGACACGGAUGACGAAUCAAAGGACAAAGAAAAGAAGAUUGGUCGAAGACGGUCCACUAAGACUAACGAUGAAGUGGAUGUAAUUGAACAGGAGCCAAAGAAGCAAGAGGAGGCCAAGGAGAAGAAAAAGGAGGAAAGCACAGAAAAUAAAUCAGAAACGGAUGAAAAGUCUUCAGAAAAGAAAAUCAAGAAAAAGAAGGCAAAGUCGGACAAUGGACAAAGUGAAGAGGACUCCUCCAUGUUGACCCCAACAACGUCCCAUAACAUGGAGAAACUUCUGGUUGGGGCGCGACUCCGGGUGCUGUACGGGACUGGGGCAAGCACAGCGCAAUAUGAGGCAAAGAUUAUGGAGGUAGCGCCCAGCGGCCCCAAGUUCUAUCUGGUCCACUACCAGGGCUGGAACACCCGUCAUGAUGAGUGGAUUGGCACCGACCGCAUUGUUAAGGUCAUCGAGAGACCAGGCAGCGCUAAGAGACUCCUGGGGCUCAAACCAUCGCCAAAACCAGAAACAAGGGGUCCCUCCAAGAAGAAGCAGUCUCUGGACCGUCCGCCCGCCUCUCCGUCCAGUGUCAAGUCCGACUCGAGUACCAGUAUGAGUUCCAUAGGGGGGCCAGGCCGACCCCCGGGGGGAAAGUCAGCCCGCUCCCCCUACACCCCCCCUCAGUCCACGGGUCCUUCAAGACCACGCCCUACACGGUCAAACAGUAUUGAGAUGCUAGUCGAAGGACUCCCUGGUGCGAGACGUCGAUCCAGGAAGACGUCCAGCGUGUACGACUCACUGAAUGGAUCUGAUAGUGAAGAAUCAGAUAAAUCAGACAUAGAGGCUGAAAUGGAGAAAAAGACAGAACAAGACUUCAUGGCACCCUCAGACACGCCCACCAAGGCAACCAGUAUGCCUUCCAUAACAUCCGAGUCGUUGGAUGAACCAGAUGUGCAAGAAUUGGACUCCAGUUUGGAUCUCAGUCCGCCAAAACUUGCUAAAGUGAUGGAUAUUUCCAAGGAAAAGAUGGAGGUUGAUGAUGAUCUAGAGGUAGUAGAUGAAGUUGAUGCAAAGUCUUUGGAAGAACCUAUAGCUCCAGUGCUGAAUGUUGUGGAAAUGGAUCAUGGACUUGAUGAGCAAGAGAAAGCUAUUGAGGAGAAUGUGGAUGAUAAGAGUGUUGAAGAGGAAAAGGUUAUUGAUGUAAAGGAAGACGAAGAUCUUGCUAAAUCUGAAGAAAAAGAUGUGAAAGAGAUUAAAAAGGAAGUGAAGAAAAAGGAACCAGAAAAGCGAGGUCGAAAGCCAGUUGUGAAGACAGAAAAGGAGAAAAUAGAAGCAGAUAAAAUCGAACUGAGGGAAGAGACUGUACAAGAUACUUUAGAUGAACCGAAAGAUGUUGUGCCAGAAAUGGAAGUAAAGGAGGCUAUUUCUGAUGAAGUUAUGAAAACUGAUGAAUCUCUGUAUGACUUUAAAGAUGAAUCUGAAAUUGAACCUGAAAAAAGAGUUGCAAGAAAAAAGCCUACAGUUCAGUUAGACAAUGAAGAAUCUAAAGAUGUAAUCAAAAUAAUGGGCAGAGAGGAAAGUCCUCCAAAAUCAUUAAGAACAAAGGAUGAUGCAUGUAAGGAUACGAAAACUAAUAUGAUUAUGAUGGAAGAAAAAGACCUGUCAAAAAGUGAUUCGGAAGUGGAGCGUAGAGGAAGGAAGAGAAAGGUGACAAAAACAUUCAUUGCAAAGGACAUCAAAAUUAUGAGCAAAGAUGCAAAGUCUCUCACAAAUGUUUCUGUUGUGAUCAGCAGUUCCGAAAAGCAGUUGGCAAAUAGUUCUCCAGAAAGGAAACCCUUCAUUACCCUUGCUGAGAAAAAACAGGGCUUUUCACCAAUGGUAAGAAAAGUGUCCUCUCCCCCAGUGAUUUGUGCUAUUGAAACUUCUAAAUCAGAGAGUAGUAUACUUAAUGAUGGUGACAAGUCUACAAAUAAUGAUGAAGUGAAGAGUGUGUCAGAUAUGGUUGUAAUUCAUAAGGCUUCACCUGUGAAGACGGAUAUUAUUCUUGGACGAAAAAUUGAGGACAAAAGUGAGGACAGCAACGAUGGAAAACCAAAAGAGGAAGAUAACACUGAUAAAGAACAGGAUGGAGUGCAUUCAGUGAAAAAGAAAGUAAGAAAGAAAACCAAGAAGAAGUUAGAAAUGGAGGAGCAUGAAACGACAGUGGUAGUGAGGAAAGGAGGCAGGGGAAGACCAAGUGCUAGGAAGUCCAAAGAUCUGAGUAACAGUGCUAGCCCUAAAGAGGACACAGAACUUAGUGUAAAAGACUCUAGUAAUGAAAUUGAUCUGCACUGUGCGGAGGAAAUACGCUCGCGGUCGGUGAGUCCAGUCACUCUGCCCGGCAGCUCAUUCAUUCCGGAGUCCCAAGGGUUCGUACCCCGUGUGGAGACCAUCGACUGUCGCAUCAGUGAUAGUCAGAGCUCGGACAGCUUCAGUGCCAAACAUGACAGUGGUAACAAGUCUCAGUCGAGCAAUAAGAGUAAGAUGUUUGAGAACACGCCCCCUACCACGCCUGAACACGACUCAGAUGACACCAGUCAGCAGAAUGGCCAGAGCGAUCAACAGAAGUCUCUCAAGUCAGCGGAGGACCUCGGUUCUCGUACGGACUCCAGUCAGGCCACAGGGCAUGAAUCUCCCAACGGUAACGCCAGUCCGUCCAACCGCAGCACCGGCAGCAGUAGUGGGGUGAUAGCCGGCUCUGAGGGGAGUCUGGACAUGCCUGCAUUCAUGGGAUCACAGAAACGCAGGCAUGAUACCGACGAACACACGCCGACUAAGCGUAGGAAGCGGAAUAGCAAGGGGAAAGCAAACCGAUCCAGGCAUUUAGCUGAGAGUGACAGUGAGGAUAUGUCCAAGGGCCGCAGUCCAAGCUACGUUCCAGAAACCUACCAGCGAACCCCUAUGAGUCAGGCGAGUCGCUCUCCACGACCUCAGAAAUACAACUUCAACCUCGAGGAGGGUCAGUACCUGGAGGGUACGGCACGGAUCACUUUCCUCGUGGACAAGAUACAGGAGAUACGCAAAGUCUACAUGAACCUCAAGUCUGAAGUGGCCUGCAUCGACAGGCGCAGGAAGAAACUCAGGCGCAAAGAGAAAGAAUCGCGCAGCUCUUCAGUGGUGGAGGUAGAAUGUUCCUGACCAGCCAUGUCGUCAUGACAACCAAUCAUACAAACAUUCCUCCCGCUACCAGACACAAACAUUUGACAUUCAGUGAUUGUUAUGGAUGUGUAUGUCAGAAUACAUGUCAAGACAAUAACAUUGUCUUCAAUGGAUUAUUGCAGAAUAUCACUUAUUUGAAGAAAUGUCGCCAUGCAAAUAAUUACAGGGCAACUGUAAAGAAGUAGAUUUCUCUUUGGCAAUACACCAGCUCUUCUCGUUUGUUCUCACUAUCCUCUUAAUAAUAUUGACAUUUUAUUUAUUUAAUGAUUUUCAUUUCUUGUCAGCUGUAUUUAUGAUUUAUUUAUUCUGUCUUUGCUACAGAACAUUUUCCACACUCUCAGAUGCAUUCUUAUCGAAUUUCUUAACCAUUUUGCAGUUUCUUUAGUUCAUUUGUCAAAUUUGCCUAGUCAAAUGUAAGUAUUAAGAUACAGAAAAAGUAAUGGUGAAAACAAAGUAUUAAUAUGAUAUUUUAGGAUAAUUUCCCACUGUAAGAGAAUGAGACUAUUGAAUAUUAAUUACUCAAUAAAGGGUUAAAGAACGUCUGUAAUUUGUCAGGCUCAAGAAAAAAAAGGUUUCUUAGUGUAGGAUUGUUAUUCUUGCAAUUGUCUCAUUGACAAGAACAGGAUAAGCACUCGUGAUGGAAUUGAUGGAUAUUCAUUUUUAUGUUAUGAUUUCUGAUGGUUUAUAGAGAAAUAUAAGUGAAUUAAAACUGAUGUCACUGUUUCAAACAGUGAGAAUUAACAGUGAAAAUUAUCGAUAAAUUGUUUGUCUCUGUUAUCCUUGAUGUUAUGACGUCAUUUUUGUUCAGCAGAAAUACAAAAAUAAUCCUUUGUUAGCAUAAAAUAAAAAGAAAAUUUGUCAGCUUUGAUGGAAUAUAUAAUUUUAAUUCACUUGUGAUUACUUGUGAUUUAAAAUAGAUAUUCCACCAAAUCCUACAAAUAUCCUCUAUGUAAUUCAUUUGAUUGCUAAAGCGGUUCAUAGACUAUGAUGAGAUAUAUCAGUUGUGCUCGGAGCUAUCAAUAUGCAAAUUUUGUAAAGUAUUUGUUAAAUUUAACUUAAAAAUCAAAGAAGUAAAUAUUAUAAAGAUUUUUAUUGUAUAGAAUUGUAUUGCUGAAUGAAAAUAUUUUCAGUAGGCGUGCAAAUGUUAUGAAACUUUUUUGUAUUCUAUGUGCAAUCUGUUACAAUGUUAAGUCUUUAUGAAUGACUGCUGUUACUGUAUUACUGGUAGAUUUAUUUUGUAAGAGGCUGAAUCUGUUCUUAGUUCAUCAUUUUACAGCCAGGAGGUGUUCCACUUGGGCUUUGGUCCUUAUUUAAGCAUUGAGCCAAAAAGCUUGGCCCUUCCCCAAAGAGAAUUUCUAUUAAAUUAGUGAUUUUUCCCCAAAUUUCCAGUGAUAUACUUUUUAUCACCAAAAACUAAGUUAAAGGGUAGAUGUAUUCCACAGAAACUAUUCCCCAAAUGAAAGACUAGGUCUUUGCCCGAAGUCAACAAAAGCCCCAUUCAUCUUUGUAUCUCCACAUCGGCCUAUCUCCCAUGUGCGGGGCAGAUAGGAUAGUCUACUAUCAAGGCGGCCAUAUGUAAAUAGAGACAGAUAGCACCUGCUGAGUAGAGCUUGUUCUGGAGAAACUGGGCUGAAUGCAAGUGCAGAAAGUGUUGCCUCAGAUUAGCCUGUACAAUCAGCACAGGCUAAGCAGGGACGACACUUUUCUCAUUUAUGAAUUUUUUUUUUUUUUUAAAGGAAGUCCCUUUAAAAGAAAAAAAUCCAGUUUCGGCGGAAAGUGUCGUCCUAGAUUAGGAUUUGCAGGACUUAAGAGGCUAAUUUGGGACAACACUUGAUGCAUUUGCAUUUAGCCCAGUUUUCCGAAAACGAGGCUUAUUUCAAACGCUGAUGAAAGUUGUGACUCUAUUUCCAGAUGCUGGUACUCUGUAUCUCGGAUCUUUGUUUUGCAGUCAGCAUUUGUGUAGAAAGUACCAUUUACAUGUUGUUUUUUACGUCAUAGCAAAUUACUUGUAAAUACCAUCAUUUUUCAUUAAAGUAUCAAGAAUGUG